AGUGGUCUCCCAGCCGUCGGCGCCGUGCCGCUGCCUCCGCGUCGGGCAGGACGACGGUAUCGGCCUCCGGAGGUCGUUAGUGUGUUGGCGGGCGUCGCCACGCCGGUUAUCGCCCGCUGGCGGGACGCGCGCAGCAAACAGCCGCAGGCAGCUGUGGUGGGCGGCUCCGCGGGCAGUUUGGAGGACGCGCCCGUCAGCAGCUGCCCGGCAGGUGCGCCGCAGUGCAGCCUCUGCCGCCGCUGCCUGCACGCGCGGAACGGUACAGCACAGCACAGCGCGCGCGGUCCAGCUGCGACGCAAGCCCGGUGUCCGGAAGCGCCGAGGCCGACGGACACAUCCCGGAAACUCACCUCUACGUACCUGCGAGCACGCCCUCCGUCAGAAGUUGCUUAUUCCAGAGCAUUUCGACCGGAUCGGUGUUGCCAUUCAGAGACACACCGCAUGGUGGCCACCAAAACUGUGAAUUGCUCGCCACACGUGCUCCUUGGACCACGCCAGUGGUCCUUUAUGUGCUCUUGGCCACAGUUACUGGGCAAAUGUUAUCCUAUUACGAAGUUACUGCAGGGCUGGCCCAGACAAUGGACAGAAAUGGUGUUCAAAAUCCCUCUAAAUUGACUUGGUGCUCCAAUGGUGGAAACAUUAGGGAAUGGAUUUAAACAAGAACACAGAAUUACUACGAUGCUACAAGUUACCGAUAACUGAUCUUAUUUAUUUGUUGUUUCAAAAUUCCUUAUUUUUAGUGCAUUGAGAAAUAUAAAUAACCCGCUUCGUUAUGGUGACUCCACCAUCAGAGGAAACACCUACAGAUGCAUCACACCAGAAACGGUUGUCAGUGGAUUUGUCAUUGCCAGCCCGUUGCCAUGGUGUAGAUAUUGCUUUCGAUGUGAGAGAAAUAAUUCCUCAUGACAAACUAAAACAGGAAUUUAAUGGUAAACUGGCUCAAUAUGACAACUUUCCAGAUUUCAAAAACAAUUGUAGGAAUUCUUACCCAUCUCAAAUGUCAGAUACAUCUCCAAUCUUGGAGCCCAUCUCCACCAUUUCUUUACAUACUGACCAAAAAGGAAUCAGUGACACAGCAAAUUGUGCUGUUAAAUUUGAAGAAGGUACAAAAACAUCAGCAGACAAAAAUUCAGAAAAGGAUAGCAUCUGCAGCAGUAGCCCCUCCAGCAAGGAUCAUUCAGAGAAGACCAAAGUGCCGGAUGGAGGUUGGGGCUGGGUGGUUGUGAUCGCAUCACUUGUCAUCAGCAUGAUUGCUGAUGGUGUAAGUUUCUCCUUUGGGUUAUUAUUCAUACAGUUGCUGGAUCAUUUUGGUGAAAGCAAGAGCAAAACAUCUUGGAUUGGAAGUCUGUUCAUGGCAGUUCCACUUUUAUCUGGACCGGUUGGAAGUGCUUUGGUAGACAGGUAUGGCUGCCGUUGGAUGACCAUUAUAGGAGGCAUUGUUUCUGGCAUAGGUCUUACAUUGAGUGCGUUUGCUGAUUCUGUGGAGAUGUUGUACAUUACAUUUGGUCUGAUUGCUGGCUUGGGAUUAGGACUGUGCUAUGUGACAGCAAUUGUUAGCAUUGCUUACUGGUUUGACAAGAAGAGGACUUUGGCAACUGGUCUGGGCUCAUGUGGCACUGGAAUUGGUACCUUCAUCUAUGCACCAAUGACGACUUACUUUAUUGAAGAGUAUGGAUGGCGUGGGACGACGUUGCUCCUAGCUGGUACAUUCUUCAAUAUGUGUGUAUGUGGAGCACUGAUGCGUGAUCCAGAUUGGUUGGUGCUUGAGCAGAGAAAGCAAGCCACAAGCCACUUGUACAAAUCUGGCCGAGCAUCUUCAAGUUGUGCCUCUGUAUCUGGCCGAUCAGAUAAUGCUGGGGACUUCCCGGGUGUAGAUGGGAUCCGCAAAAUGCUCUCCAGUGGCCAUUCGCCAGAAUAUGUGCUGACGACAUUAGCUGCUAAUUUGCAGGACACAGACUUACCCCCAGGAGAAUCGGAGGUGGAUGGUACAAACACUCCAGCUUAUAGUUCAGUUGUAAAUCUCCCCACAUUCAUUCAUAGGAGUGAGAAGGUUCCACUGGAAGUUCUGGAAUCACUCUGCACUAAGAGGAGAGUGUUCAGUGUAAUAAUGGAAAAUUAUCCAAGCCUACUUUCGUGCAGAAGUAUGUCAGAUAAAGGUAUCAACAAGCUUCCUGUAACAUCACACUCAGUUUCUCAUCGUAUCCCAGUGUCAAUGGAGGUGCACAUUCCCAAGAAAGAAGAAUUAAUUCCAGCUUCCGAGUACGAAGGAAACGAUGCGGAAAAACCUACUCAGCUGGCUACAUCACCACUGCUGCCAAAUGGAGGAGUGACACAGCCAAUAAAUAUAAUUCCACUGGCUACAGGGCCAUCAAACUACCUGAAAGGCAUCCGCAUGCACAGGAAUUCUGUAAUGUACAGAGGUGCCAUGUUGAAAAUACACAAGUAUCGGUUGAGAGCGUCAUCCUGCCCUGAUAUCUAUCGUAACUCUAUGACCACCAUAGCAAAGGAAACAGAGGAGAAAUGGUAUUCUGAUAUACUGGACCUUUUGAGGGACAUUGUGGACUUCUCAAUGUUCUUGGAACUGCAUUUCCUAUUUACAUCACUUUCAACUAUCCUGCUUUUUACAUGGUUUAUCGUCCCAUACUUCUAUUUGGCUGAUUACAUGAUGCUCUAUGGCUACACUGAAAAUGAAGCAUCACUCCUGCUCAGUAUUAUUGGCCUCACUAACUGCAUUGGAAUGAUUGCUCUUGGAUGGGCUGGUGACAAACCCUGGGUGAAUGUAACCAAGUCAUAUGCUUUGUGCUUAGUGAUGUGUGGUGUGGCAACUGGAUUAAUGCCACUAGUCAUUACUUCAUAUUGGAUGUUGGCAUUACUUUCAGCUCUAUUUGGUUUAUUUUUUGCAUCUUCAUUUUCAUUUACUCCAGCCAUUUUGGUGCAGCUAAUACCUCUUGACCGUUUCACAACAGCGUAUGGACUGAUGCUGCUUUGUGAAGGAAUUGGAAAUCUUCUUGGCCCACCAUUAGGAGGUUUGGUUUUUGAUCUGACUGGUUAUUGGGAUCUUUCCUUCUACUUAGCUGGUGUUUGGAUUGUUUUAUCAGGCAUUCUCAUUGCCUUGAUACCCAUCACGAAGAAUCAAGUUAUAUGUGGCAAAGGAACACUAGAAUUGGAAAAAGAACAAGAUCAGGACUCUGUUGAUGUACCAUAAAACUUAUUAAGGAAAAAAAUCAUUUUCAUGGAAAAUCUUGAUUCAUGUUUGAGGCACAUAAGAACCUCAGCGUCCUGUAAUACUCUUAUUAGGUUGUGACACCAAUCUAUAAAAAAGCUGUUGGGUAAAUGUUAUGUAUGUGAAACUUGUUUGUUGCAAUUGUAAUAAAUAGCUUUAAUCUCUUCAGUGACUGACGACCUAAUGAUAAACUGGCUUAAUAUACACAAUUUCCAUCAGAGGAACUUCACUUUAAUAGAUUUUCGCAGCCUGAUUAUCAGUAGGGAAGAAUGCUAAAUAGGUUAUGUUCAAUUAUUAAUUGUAUAUUUGUGUAUAAUGUUUGUCUUAUAAUAAGCACAAUCAGUAUGAACAGAGACUGGCCAUAACUGGAGAGGUUCUUACUCAAUUUGAUAGUACUUGGUUUCUCUUAAGGAUAAGAACACUUACAACCACGUUUAUGAUUGCAGAGCUCCAGGAUUGUCAAAAUAGCUAUCUUGUAGCCAAUAAGUUAGUGUAAAGUGUCAGAGGUUGAUGUUCACAAGAGGAUAACGUGCUAACAGCUCUGAUUAUAAUAUGCAGUUAUGGUCUAGGCAACACCAAAACGCCGACACUAAUUUAGUAGUGUCAACACAAAUUCUUUGAAUCAUUUUAGUAUUUGAAAUCAUAAUCACAGAAAUAAAAACAAAAUCUUUUGACGUACCGUGUCUAGUUGAGUAGAAUGUAUUGGAUAUUAUUGUGUUCAUACAGCAUGUGAAACACAUUUGACAAUUAUACAGAGUGUCUUAAACAGAUUGAGGCUAUGCUCUUAUAAAUGCAGGUAGCAUAAUAUUAAUCCUUUAAAUUGCUUGCCUAUAUUUAAAAAAAUUAAUAUACUCCUUCUUUUUACAAAGAAAGAAUUAUAGAAGUUCCUGAACUUUUUGUGAAUGUUGUAGUUGUGCAAUUAAGUGGAAAAAAUUCGUAGCAGAUCUACUUCUCUCCUACACACAUUCUUAGCCUUGCAUAGCAUAACAGUUAUUGCUCCAAUUUGACAAUUAUUUUAUUUUCAUUGAUAAAAAGUUAUUGUUAUCUAAAUUUGUUGCACUUAAGUGUUAGAUAUGAGCAGCUAAAGUUAAAAUGAUCUGAGUGAGGAACAAUUCCAUAAAUCCCCCAGAAAAUGUGUGCAGGCCUUAAAUAAAGAGUGGCUUCCUUAAUUGGUUUAGUUACAUAUACAGUUGUCACACCAUAACCUACCGGAAUCAGUUUUCUAUUCUAUGACUACUUAUACCACAUAUAUGUGAAUAAUAUAUUUCACCAAAUAAUCUGUGCACCCAAAUUUUAAGGGGGGGGGGGAGACUGGUUUUAAUUUGUCUUUGUUUAUACUUUGUGUAUCUUGCUGUUUAAGUGCAGCUUUGAGUGACUAUUGUCCAUCCGCCCCCUCAGGUUCACUGUCACCAAUAUGCCUUUCAGUGAUCUUUUUGCAAUAGUUUCUUUUACAUUUUACGUUAGGUGGUAGCUUUCAUCCAUUGCCAGUUACACACAUCACUGUACACCUUUGCCACUCAUUGCUACCAGUUUGUAUCAUGACGCUGGAGUCCCCUUGGAUCUGUAUUAACAACUUGCAAUAAUAUAAAGGAAUGUUUGCAGUGCAAAUUUAUCACUUAGUGAUGAAAAUUCACUAUUUUUCCUCCAAUCAUCUGGCAGCUGUUGAGCAAUGGUAUUUUUGCUCUGGAAGCCUAAUCCAUUGUGAUGGAAAAAUCUUGAUAGCCAGCCCUAGCUAACAUUGAAACUGAUGAUGCUUAGUUCUUUGGCUGAAGCCAAUGCUUUGAUUUGGCUCCUUUCACUUGUCACUGGGCAUCCACAUUGUCACUUCUUGCCCACAUAAUUGCAGAGCCAUUUUUCGAGGUCCAUAUGCUUGGCUUUUUGGCUGUGAAAUCCCUGGUGAUUACGGUUUGUUUCUUGAAGGCGCAUUUUGUUCUUUCACCAUUUGCAAAUAAAACACUUGCCCACAUCCUACUUUAUUUCCACUGCACAGUUUCCAAUGUUCUCUGCUCCUUCGAUAAUUUCAACUUUUUUCUAGCUGUUUAUGAGUGGUAUUGAGAACAUCCAUAAUUAAUUAGUGGUUAAUAUGUCACUUCUAAUGUGCUAUUGAUGUCACAGACUGAGGCCACGACAACACUAUAUUAUAAUGGGAUCUAUUGUUGGAGGUGGACAGUACCAACCUUAUUACAAUUAAUCUACACAACCCAGCAUUUCAUCCUUAAAUUCAGGGUAAAAAUGAAGCACAGACUAUUCAUGUCUGUACGGUAUUUGAACUCUUCGAUUUUGUGCUGAGAUUGAUUUCUAGAUUCCUUAUUCUAGUGAACAUAUAGCAGUAAGAGUACAAAGUGUAUUUGGAAUGGGAUGUUGCAUUCAUUAGUUGUAGAUAAUUUUCUGAAUGUUUUCCAUUUGAGAAUCCCUAACACAAUACUUCAAACUCUACUACAGUUUUUCUAUAAUAUCUUCUGUUUUCAACAGUGUGGAAGCAAACUAUUCUUUACCCAAGCCUUUUUUGUAUGUAAGGAUGAUUUUUAUCAUAGAAUCAGUAAAAGACUCAUCCUAGGGCUGUGAAGAAAAAUCUGUUAGAACAACCAUUACAGUGGUAGAAAAUUAUUUAUUUCAUUUGACUGUUGUUGCAAUUUGAAAUGCAGCAGCCGCUUCUCAAUUAGUUGGUUUGGCAUUGUUAUACUUUUUCUUUGGUUCUUUUUUACUUAUGGAGAAAAUUUUAAAUUAUCCAUAGAAAAAGAUUUUAAAACAUUGUGUUUGGAAUAUAAUGUGACUUGUAGCUCCCAGUUUUGCAAUAGAAUUGAGAAAGAUCUAAUAGGAUCUGUCUGCUAAAUUGAUUUUUCCCUCCUCUGCACUUCCUGGAAUGGUUGAUUGCAUUAAAAGUGUGACGUUUAAGACACUGAGCUAUCGGUGAGUUAUUGAGUUAUCAAGUGAGUUAUUGAGUUAUCAAGACAAUGAAAAACUCAAAUGCACAUACUCAUCAGUGGAAAUUCACUUGAGAAACUGAAUAAGAGGUGAAAUGAGCUUCAUGUAUGAUAACAAUAUCUUAAUGUCCAUGAGUAAGGCGUAUAUUGAACGGAAGUAGUAGCUAACUGGUGGUUACUUGCUCUAAAUUACUGAUGUAGUAAAAUAUGACUUUAACCAUUGGAUGUCGAUGUUAACCAUUGUGAUUAGAACUUCACAAGUGUAUAUUAAAUGCUGAAGCCACGUCUACAAUAAAUCCUUUUGGAUCUUCUGUAUCUGUAAUGACAUUUUGAUUUCUUUUCUUAAGACACGAAAUUUGAAGGAUUUAGCAAAGAAUUCUGCAUCUUUGUCAAUAAUCCAAUGGAAAAUUUGCCUCCUGCAUAGGAGGCUUUUAGCAAGUUAGGCAUUUCUGGAUGUGAUGUUUCUGGGUGUCAAGUCAUAUACUUCAUUUAACUCAUUUUUAAUGUCCUGUUGUAAGCAUAAUAAAUUUGUUGUUAACUUUUGCAUACAAUAAUUAUUACACGCCAUGCUGAAUGACAGAAUAGUGGUUUGCAUCCUUGUGGCCUACAACGAACCACCCCAGUAUAUUGAUGCCCUUUUUCUGUGCAGUACAGGUGUAACAAUUUGUACAUACAUAAUUGUACACGAUGACAAUGUAUUCAUUGCAGCCUUUGCUGGAGAUAAUGAAUGUGAAUUUCAACACCAUUAGAAUUUCAAACUUUCCACAGAAAUCAUGCAUGAAGUUUCUGAUGCAAUUGAUAAGUACUCCUAUUUGACAGGGCAGAUUUUUUUUAAACAUCACAUAAUUUUGCACUAAUGAUAAAUGGUAGUAUUGCACGAAAUGAUUAUUUUGAAAUCUGGAGAUGAUCAGAAUUCCUUUAGACUGGUUACUCUCCUUCCUUGUGCUUCUAAAAUUAUUAGUCUCUGGUAGCCUUAAUUUCAGUUUAUUGCGAUCUUAACAGAUUAAUACAUUAGCAUUUAUACAAGGAAAUUUGUAAUUUUGAUAGCAUAGUUUGUCAAGCUGGUUGUUGAAAGUGCAUGAAGAAGUUAACAGAGAAAGUUUGAUGCUGUAUUGAAGAAAUAGAUCUUGUGCCUUUUCUUGUCUAUAUAGUGUAUUGAUUGAUCUGUCUUCACCAGUCAUCAUUCACAUUUCAUUGUUAAAAUUAAAAUUAAUGUAUUUACAUAAGCAAAUUGUUGUUUGUAGUGUUCUCAGGACCAUAAUUGUAUUCAUUAGCUUUUUCAUAGUAUCCUCAAUUUAUAUGAAAUGAGACAUUACUUUUACAAAUUUAUUCUCAGAACUGUUCUAAAAUUAUUGCACUCAAAUGUAGUGCUUGUUGAAUUUUGUAAAGUCUAAACUAAAGCAAUAAUGUUUAUUCUACUAGCUAUAAUUAUUUUUGUGUGUAAUGUCUUUCAUAUGCUGUUAUGGCAUGUGAAACGUAGUGGUAUUAAUUAGGAAAGUUCAGAAAAAGUAAUUACCUUUGAAGAUUUCAUUUAAUUUCCCAACUCUGUUUGAAAUUACACAUGACAUGUACAUAAUCUGUGUCUUUCAAGUGAAGUGCUAUACCUUUUAAUUGUAUUUAUCUUGCUACAGCUUAUUUCACUUUCACGUUAAGAGUAGAGGAAGAGAGAAAUUGAGACGAGGAAACCUUCAUGCAUGGAAAUAAGGUUCUCUCUCCCCUACAUUACGGGUUACCAGACUGUUUAUUUUUGGUAAUCAUGCAGUUAUAUUCUCUGCAUUUGGUUAAUACUGAUCAGAUGCUGUAAAGCCAAAGUGAUAUUAUUUUACAGAUGAUAUAUUUCUUUAUUUGAUGAAGAGUCAGUGAAGUAUCUGAUCAAACAUUAUUACGCCUACUUUGAAAUGUAAAUACAUACUGAAAUUUUGUUCUGAUACAAAAUUCAGCGACUGAAAAUAUUGUGGUUGUAUAAUUAUAUAUAUCACUGAAAUCAUUUUUUUUUUUAAUUGUUCAUAUCAUCUGCCGUGUUCCUCUCACUAAGUGUUAGGCAGACUAGGCUGUGAUUGUGAAGUAUUGUUUGGUUUGUUGUAGAAAGUUUCUCUUUAUUUCUGUCAAAGUACAACUUACAUUACCAAAGUCCUGCUCAGUAUUUUAAGUAGAUUCUAUUGAAAGUACUAAUGUAAGUACUCACAAUUUAAAGACUGUAGUAGUAUCAUAAUUAUACAUUUAUUAUUAAUUCAUUUAGUAAAAAAAGAAUUUAUCUUGUAAUUUGUUAAACACAAAUUAAAGGGGGCUGUCAAGUUUAUUGGGUGUAAUGUAGUGCCUUUCAAAAUGAAAAUUUUAGAAAUACAGGUUUAUUGUGAGACUGAUCUCUUGUCUUUUUUUGUGAAAUAGUAUUCAUUGGUAUUGACUUGUUUAAAAUUACAAGAACUCUGAUUGUGUAUGUCGCAUAUUUGCCAAUACAUAAAUUUCUCAAAUGUAAGUAGUUACAGUAAAUGACUGGUAAAAUUACUAACAACAGGUUUCAUUGUCUCAGAGAUCAUUAUAGUUACAAAUGAAGUAAUAAUGUUAAAAAUUUACAUAUCAAAAAUUUUUGAUGGCCAGUUUGUACAUAUUUUUCUGUCCUCAGUGGAGCAGAUGUGUUGAGUCCACAAGUAAAACAAGCAGCUACUGCAGGCCAGUUUCCUGGCGUCAUUGAGUUUAAUCGUA